AUGAGUUUCGGGUACGGUGCAGGGGAUUUCCUCUCGGUCAUGGUCAUCGCAAAUGACAUCCGCAAGCGCUUCGUCUACGCGCCCACACAAUUCAAAAGCACAACCGAGAGGGUCACCAUCAGUAUCAAGUCUCUGUCCAACGUCCUGCGCGACAUCGACGAUAUCGACCCGGAGAAUGUACUAAGCAAUGGGCAGAAGCGUCAUCUCGAGCAAAUAUCUCGGUCUUGCUACACCGUGCUUCAGGAUCUCGACCAUGUUUUGGGGAAAUUUCAAGACCUGGAUCUGGACUCUAGUUCGACUGACAACACGGGCACGGAUAUUGAUACGCGUGCUAGCCGUGGCCUAGGCUAUCUCUCGAGACGCGUAUGGCAGCGACUGAACUGGGACCCUAAAGAGAUACAGAAUUUUGAACGGCGCAUUUGCGGACAGGUUGUCACUUUUAAUCUCUUCUUAGCUCGGCUCAAUCUGUAUGCCGUGCACCCCGACGUCAACCUUGCCGUAUGCGAAACAACAGCUCGUUCGAGGGAAGAAAUUGCCGCGAUCAAGCAUUACCAGAUAGACGAAGAGUACGAUAAGAUCCUCGACUGGUUGAGUCCUGUGAACUACGCCGCGCAACAGAACGACUUUCUCAAUCAACACCAGGAAGGGAGCGGGCAGUGGCUUCUCGGGGCAAGUCAGUUCCGGCAAUGGGCAGAGAAGGAUAAGGAGACACUGUUCUGUCCCGGGAUACCUGGCGCCGGGAAAACCAUCAUGGUGUCUAUGAUUAUCGACUUUCUCGAGCAAAAGUUCGGCCGCCGCGGCAAUAUCGGCAUCGCGUAUCUAUACUGCAGUUUUCGACAGCGGCCCACACAGACAUUUCGAGAUCUACUGGCGAGCUUGGUAAGGCAGAUUGUACAGCGGGAUCACGCAAUCCCCGAUUGUGUGAGGGAUGCAUAUUCUCAGGCGCGGAACAAGAAGAUUCAGCCCAGUGUGAGCGAGCUCUUGCAGUUCCUGCAGCUCUUUUCGAAUCAGCUGUCUCGUGUUUUCAUUGUGGUAGACGCUCUUGAUGAAUGUGAGAGCACUGUCCGCGAAUCACUACUAGCAGCCAUCUAUUCCCUCCAGGAUAGAUGUAACGUCAACUUUCUGGCCACGUCUAGGUAUAUCCCAGACACGAUUGCCGCGUUCGAAGGCUGCCCUUCGCUGGAGAUUCGCGCAACAAUGGAAGACGUGUGGAGAUAUCUGCGCAGUCAGCUAUCCCGACUACCAUCGUUCGUGUCUCGGAACAAAGAGCUCCAAUGCGAAAUUAUAGCCGAGGUCUCCAAAGCCGUUGGCGGAAUGUUCCUCCUCGCCAAGCUGCACCUGGACUCCUUGGUUGGAAAGAGAUCUCAGAAAGCAUUACGGACGGCGCUGAAAAGCCUACCUACCGGUUCUAACGCAUAUGAUUCGGCAUAUCGAACUGCUAUGGAACGCAUCGAAGGACAGGUCUCUGAUCAGAAAGAGAUGGCUAAGCAGGUAUUGUCGUGGAUUACUUGUGCCGGCCCGUUGACUACCCGGGAGCUACAACAUGCUCUCGCUGUGGAAAUUGGACAUCCCAGGCUGGACGAAACGAACAUCUCCGAUGUGGAAGAUAUAGUUUCGGUAUGUGCAGGCUUGGUCAUUGUCGACGAGCAGAGUAAUAUCAUUCGCCUGGUUCAUUAUACGGCUCAGGAAUACUUUGAACGGACCUGGACUGAGUGGUUUCCAGACGCGCAAAAGAACAUAGCAGCUACGUGCAUCACUUACCUAUCAUUUGAUUUUGGCGAAGACCAACACAGGCCUUUGGGAGACUUGCAACCAAAGCACCAGGCCAGCCUUUUCGACAAAUACCCCCUUUAUCGCUAUGCAGCUCAGAACUGGGGACGUCAUGGACCCACUGAUGCUCUGAGCCCGGUCAUGGUUUUGGGAUUUCUAGAGAACAGACUCAAUGUGCUACGCUCGGCCCGAGUCCUUCUAGAGGAUAAAGCUUGGCCGGUACCUACAGACCUCCAUGGAAUCCAUCUUGCUUCGUACUUUGGGCUUGAAGAUGCUGUGUGCAGACUGAUUGCCGGAGGCCAUGACGUGGACAUGGUCGAUUCUUUAGGAAGGAGCCCUCUCUCAUGGGCAGCUGCCGAAGGACAUAAAUCGCUAGUCGAGUUACUCCUGCGAUACGAAGCUGCUGCCCCGGACCUGAAAGAUGCUAGUGGCCAGACACCAUUGUCAUGGGCUGCAAAGACCGGGCACAGCGAUGUCGUUGAGGUCCUUGUCAACUACGCUGCUGAUAAGAACUUCAGAGACAAGAAUGGACAGACGCCGCUAGCUCUAGCAGCUGUAUACGGUCAACGCGCGGUGAUAUGGUGCCUUAUCAAGGCCGGGGCCGAUGUCAGUUGCAAGGACGAUAAUGGACUGACCGCAUUGGCUCUGGCGCUGAAGCAUGAACAUCUCGAUAUUGUGCCAGACCUCCUUCAGGCAAAGCAGCCUGGCUCGGAAGACAAUUCGGCUAUCCCAUGUUCAUCGGUGCAAUCGAUCGGGUGCGGAAACCAAAAUAUCCCAGAGGACAAGACCCGCCAUGAGCUCGGCUGUGAAAAUAACCCUUCCUUACCCAGCGGAUAUCAGAACCAAACCUGCCACAUACCGCAAGGCAGCACCGCCUCCGACAAUAAAUUAAUAACCGUCCCGAAUGCGCCACCAGGAGAUGGAACCUGCACGACUGCAGAACGACACCUUGGAUCGGACGGCAAUUGGUCAGGAUCCGGAACAAGGUCUCAACUUGCAGAGCGCCAGCUGAACCAGCACAAUACUGUCUAA